ACCCCAGCCCCUCCCCGUCGUGGAGCGACGGACCCCGGGGGACCCCCCAACUCGGCCGGCCUCUCUCCCCUCGCCGCCCCGGCCAGCUUAGCCGGACAACCGGGGGAAAGGCCGGGGUCCCCCCGUCCCGUCCCCUUCCCGCUCCUUGCCGUCGGUCGCGGGGGGACGCCGGCCUCCCCGAGAGCCCCGCGGCGCCAAGAGAGACGGCGGCGGCCGGGAAGUCGUCGGGAAAAAGACGCUCGUGGCCUGGCGGGAUGGGGCGCGAAUCCGGCCCAUCUGACCGUCGUCCGGGGGCUCCUGGGAGCGGCGGGAAGAUCAGGGCUGGAAUCGAGGGGGCUCCGGGAUGCGGAUGGGCGACGGAAGCCCCCCAGACGCCACCGGCCCGCGUGGGCCGUCGGAGGGGAGCCCCCCAACUUCACGCUCUGACCGUCGUCUGGGGGUUCCUGGGAACGGCGGGAAGAUCCGGGCUGGAAUGGAGGGGGCUCCGGGAUGCGGAUGGGCGACGGGCUCCUCGACAGGAAGCCCCCCAGAUGCCACCGGCCCGCGUGGGCCGUCGGAGGGGAGCCCCCCAACUUCACGCUCUGACCGUCGUCUGGGGGUUCCUGGGAGCGGCGGGAAGAUCCGGGCUGGAAUCGAGGGGGCUCCCGGGGGGCUCCGGGACAAGGAUGGGCGACGGGCUCCUCGACAGGAAGCCCCCCAGACGCCACCAGCCCCCCAACUUCACACCGAGUCCCCUUCCCCUGACCCCUUUCUGGUCACCCACCCUUGUGGGAACCGGGGGAGGCGGAAGGGUCCGGACUUCCUCCUCCUCCUCCUCCUCCUCGCCCUUCAGCUUGGAAGCGGGGCCGCGGUUCCGUUUCGGGGGGCGUUCCGAAGCGGGGGCAGGCCUCUUCGGACCCCUUCCCCAAGACACGGAAGCAGAGACCACCGAGGAGAACCAGGCCGGGGAACGGACGCGGCCCAGCUGCCGCCGGGGAGCCACGUCUCACAGGACGGUGGGUUUUGCGGGGGGCCGGGGACCGACCUCGUAGUUCCGUUUGUAAGUUUCCGUUGGUUGGGGAUUGGGAUUUCUUGGUUUUAAAUUCCCCGGGCCGGCCUACGCCGCCGCUCGGCUCCCGGCGGGCGCCUCGUGUCCCAACGAAACGUCCCGGACCGUCGACGGAAGACCCCCGCCCCAUCACCCUUCGGGGGGGACCCUGCUGUCCGGCUUCUGGCCCGACCCCCCGGGGGGAAAGGAGACGCCGCUUCUCCCAUCUUGUUUUGCAGAAGGCCCUUCCUCGCCCUCUCCUCUCCCGUUUCCGGCCUCCCGGAGGCGGGAAUGUCGCCGGGCACGUUGGGAUCGGGGGAAGGGGUGGGAGAAACCUAAGACCCCCCUCAGCGGCGGGGGUCCCAAGGAAGGGGGGAGAUGGACGGAGCGUCCGGAACGCGGGACGGGCCCCAUAUCCGAGCCCCGACGUCAGGAAUCCCGGGAAUAAAAGCACUUUCUCGAAAUCUC